AUGAGUGAAGCGGGUCGGGUGCCCUCGCCAGCCGCGCCGCCGGAGGUGGCAGCGGCAGCUCCGGACGAGAGGAAAGGGAAGGAGCCUGAGCGCGAGAAGCUGCCGCCCAUCGUGUCGGCGGGCGCCGGAGCUGCUGCGGGUUUGGACAGAGGAUCCAAAGGCCAAAUUUCCACUUUUAGCAGUUUUAUUUCAACUGUUAACCAGAAGAAAGAAGCCGCUGAAAACAGAAGUUCACCUACACAUCUUGCUUUCCCUAACAUCAAGAAUGUGAGAGACCUACCACCAAUUUGCCUUGAUGUUAGACAAAAACAGCGCGUUUCUAUAGAUGCAUUACCAUCUGAAAUGAAGGCCCCAGUUCUUUCAGAAUCUGUCCUUCCUAACCAGUCCAAAACUAUGAAAGACUUUCAGGAAGAUAUGGAAAAAGUUAAGUCAUCAGGAGAUUGGAAAGCAGUACAUGAUUUUUAUCUAACAACAUUUGAUUCUUUCCCAGAACUAAAUGCUGCAUUUAAGAAAGAUGCCACCGCCUCCUUUAAUACCAUUGAAGACUCUGGGAUUAACGCUAAAUUUGUGAAUGCUGUAUAUGAUGCCUUACUUAAUACUCCUCAAGACAUUCAGAAGACAGUAUUAAAGGGAAUCAUUAACAGCCUAUUACGAGAAUGGAAAGGUCCACGAACAAAAGAUGAUCUUAGAGCAUAUUUUAUACUUUUACAGAAUCCUCAAUUCAGUAAUACAUCUACGUAUGUCAUCUAUGCUCACUUGCUGCGACAGAUAGCUGCCUUAGUGGAAGCUGAUCAUCAUUUCCUGGUUCACUGGCUUAAAAAAUUAUCCCAGAAGAGGUUCAAACAAUUGGUAGAGAGAUUGCUGCAGUUUAUUUCUUUGCGCCUGUUUCCUGCAAAGCCUGAAGAAUUUCCACCUAUAACAAAGUGUUCCUGGUGGAUCCCAUCAGCAUCCAAAGUGUUGGCUUUACUUAAUACUGCAAACAGUUUGGUUCAUCCUCCCCUUAUUCCUUAUACUGAUUUCUAUAAUUCAACAUUGGAUCACAUUGAUCUCAUGGAAGAAUACCACACCUGGCAGAGCUUUGGAAACUCUCACAGGUUUUCCUUCUGUCAGUACCCAUUCGUUAUUUCUAUAGCUGCAAAAAAAAUCAUUAUUCAAAGAGACUCAGAACAACAGAUGAUAAGCAUCGCAAGGCAAAGUCUGGUGGAUAAAGUAUCUCGAAGACAGAGACCUGAUAUGAACAUGUUAUUUCUAAAUAUGAAAGUAAGACGGACACAUCUGGUUAGUGAUUCGCUUGAUGAGUUAACCCGGAAAAGAGCAGACUUAAAAAAGAAGCUGAAAGUUACAUUUGUAGGGGAAGCUGGUUUGGACAUGGGUGGCUUGACUAAAGAAUGGUUCCUUCUUCUAAUUCGCCAAAUUUUUCAUCCAGAUUAUGGCAUGUUUACAUAUCACAAGGAUUCACACUGCCAUUGGUUUAGCAGUUUUAAAUGUGAUAACUAUUCUGAAUUCCGAUUGGUUGGAAUUCUUAUGGGACUAGCUGUUUAUAACAGCAUUACCUUGGAUAUUCGUUUCCCCCCCUGCUGUUACAAGAAAUUAUUGAGCCCUCCCAUCAUUCCUAGUGAUCAAAAUAUACCAGUAGGCAUCUGCAGUGUGACCACUGACGACUUGUGUCAAAUUAUGCCUGAGUUGGCCCAUGGGUUAAGUGAACUCCUAUCCUAUGAAGGCAAUGUUGAAGAAGAUUUCUAUUCGACAUUCCAGGUUUUUCAAGAAGAAUUUGGAAUAAUUAAAUCCUACAAUUUAAAGCCAGGUGGUGAUAAAAUUCCAGUUACCAAUCAAAAUAGGAAAGAAUAUGUGCAGCUUUAUAUUGACUUUCUUCUCAACAAAUCCAUCUAUAAGCAAUUUGCUGCAUUUUAUUACGGAUUUCAUAGUGUGUGUGCUUCAAAUGCCCUGAUGCUGCUUCGUCCAGAAGAGGUUGAAAUUCUAGUCUGUGGAAGUCCCGAACUGGACAUGCAUGCUCUGCAGAGAAGUACUCAGUAUGAUGGCUACGCAAAAACAGACUUAACUAUAAGAUAUUUUUGGGAUGUUGUGCUUGGAUUUCCUCUUGAUCUUCAAAAGAAGUUGCUACAUUUUACUACAGGAAGUGACAGAGUACCUGUAGGAGGAAUGGCUGACUUGAACUUUAAAAUCUCAAAGAAUGAAACUUCUACUAACUGGUUGCCUGUGGCCCACACCUGCUUCAAUCAACUUUGCCUUCCCCCCUACAAGAGCAAAAAGGACCUAAAACAGAAAUUGAUCAUUGGAAUUUCAAAUUCAGAAGGUUUUGGACUUGAGUAACCUAGAAGACUUGAAAUACAUUUUAUAUGUAGCAUUCACUUCCCUCUUAUUGUGCCUUUAACCUUUUCAUGUCUCUG